AUGGGUACACUCAAUGAGAAAACGGGAGACACCAUCGACGUUGUCACACCCGCAGAUGCAAACCUUCAGAGGGAGAGUUUCGAUGAAAAGGUUUCCAUCGACGAUGUAGCGAGGCAACUCAAUGCUACCCCUGAAGAAGUCCUCGAAGCCAGAGAGCUUGCGCGCUCCCUAUCUCUCGAGGAUGCCAAAGAGUCGGCCGAGAGACUAGUUCAACAGCAUGGCCUCGACCCCAACUUCCCGGCAGGAGCACUCGAGCGUCUGAAGGAAUUCCUUACCAACGAAGAUGUUUUCGCCAACCCAGAUUCGCACAGUCGCGAGAUCUCAGAGGCCAAGAUCGAAGUUUCUCUGUUGACUUCCAACAGCCCCUACGCCGAGGUUCGCGCUGUAGUCGAUCCGCAUGACGAUACUAGUAUGCCAGUCGCCACGAUCCGUGCCUGGACUAUCGGUCUCUUUUUCGUCGUCUUCAUCGCUUUCAUCAACCAGCUCUUCAGCGUGCGUCAGCCUUCCAUCACGUUGCGCGCGGAAGUCGUACAACUCCUCGCGUAUCCAGUCGGCAAAGCUGCCGAAAAAUGGCUUCCCGAUGUUGGCUUCACGCUCUUUGGGGUUCGGCACAGUCUCAAUCCUGGACCGUUUAACAAGAAAGAGCACAUGCUUAUUUCGAUCAUGGCAAGUGUUGGAAAGACUCUGCCGAGUUCCAGAUACAUCAUCUUUACGCAGUGGAUGGACCGUUACUUUGGCCAGAAAUAUGCCAAGUCUUUCACCUACCAGAUUCUUCUGGCUCUUUCCACAAAUCUGAUGGGAUUCGGACUGGCCGGUCUGUGUAGAAGGUUCUUGGUCUACCCAUCUUUCUGCCUCUGGCCGGCCUCUCUGGUCACCAUCGCUCUGAACAGCUCCUUGCACAAUGAGGCAAAUCAUCCGGUACCCGGUCCUUUCAAGAAGAUCUACAACAUGUCGCGAUACCGAUUCUUCAUGAUUGCUUUCGCCGCUAUGUUUGUGUGGUUCUGGUUCCCCGAUUACAUCUUCGGUGCACUUUCCCUGUUCAAUUGGAUCGCUUGGAUUGCUCCCAACAACUUUACACUUACUGCCAUUACCGGUGCCAAUAAGGGUCUCGGCUUCAACCCCAUCCCGACUUUUGACUGGAAUGUUGCCACACACGUCGUUCAACCCCUUGUGGUCCCUUUCCGUGUUACCUUCAACACCUUCAUCGGCGUGUUCCUGGGCGGGAUCACAAUCAUCGGACUCUACUGGACCAAUGCGUACAACACUGCCUACCUUCCUAUCAACUCCAAUCUGAUGUACAAUCACUUCGGUGGCUCAUACAACGUUUCGAAAAUCUUGGAUGGCAGAGGGUGGCUCGAUGAGGCCAGCUACCAGGCCUACUCCCCUGUGUACCUCGCAGCUAGUAGUAUCACGAUGUACUACUACUUCUUCGCCGUCUAUGCCGCUACCGUGUCCUAUGCCAUCCUCUAUCAUCGCCACGAUAUUGCGCUUGGUUUCCGGAGUUUAUGGCGCAGCUUUAAGAAAGAGGCGUCGACUGAUUUCAAGGAUGUUCAUACAAGGCUGAUGUCCAACUACCCUGAAGUCCCUGAAUGGUGGUAUCUGAUUCUCAAUCUGGCUGCCAUUGCUUUCGGUGUUGCGGCAGUUGCUGCAUGGCCGACCGAGACGAGUGUCGGUGUUGUGUUCUUCGGCAUUGCACUUGCCCUGGUCUUUGUUAUUCCAACAGGUAUUAUUUUCGCUACGACUGGAAUGGAAGUCGAAUUCAACGUCCUUGCGGAGUUCAUUGGAGGCGCCUGGGAGCCGGGCAAUGCCUUGGCCAUGAACUUCUUCAAGUGCUUCGGUUAUGUCACCACGGCUCAUGCUCUUGACUUCGCCAAUGACUUGAAGCUGGCUCACUACCUCAAGAUCCCACAGAGGCACACCUUCGCCGCUCAGGUGGUUGCUGUCUUUGUCUCGGCAUUUGUCUGCACUGGCGUUAUGAACUUCCAGAUCAGCAAUAUUCCAGAUCUUUGCUCAACAAACCAAAAAGACCGUUUCACUUGCCCUGGCGUAAACACCUACUUUACUGCUGCGGUGCUGUUCGGUAGUCUGGGUGCCCGAAAGGUGUUCGGAUCAGGCGGGAUCUAUACAGCCCUCCUCUCAGCGUUCCCGGUCGGAUUUGCACUUCCUUUCGUUUUCUACUACUUUCAGCGCAAAUUUCCUCGCACACACUGGUUCGCCAAGAUUCACCCAGUGAUGAUCCUCAGCGGUGGCAUCAGCUGGUCUCCUUACAACAUUGCAUACAUGUGGCCGGCCGUCCUGCCAGGCUGGCUCAGCAUGGUGUACCUCCGCCAGCGCUAUCUUGCGUUCUGGUCAAAGUACAACUACGUCUUGUCGGCGGCUUUCUCGACUGCCAUUGCCAUUGCUGGCGUGAUUAUCUUCUUUGCCGUCAGCUAUCACGGCUUGGAGAUUAACUGGUGGGGCAACAACUCGGAGAGUGGAUGCGAGUCUACGGCCUGCACGCUGUUGAAGCUGCCCAAAGGCGAAUAUUUUGGACCGCGCGUUGGAACUUACGCGGGUUAGCUGGUUAGCAUUAUGAAACCUUUCAUCGACAAAAUGCAAGCCGUCUGACGAGACGAGUUAUUUGUAAGGGCUCAUAGAUACUGUGUAGCAAAUCCUGGGUGCUACGACAUGCUAGCGAAAUAGAAGUGAUUCUUCUCACUGCCCGAAGAGGACCGGAUCAUCAGUCGUUGACUCGGCCUCACAUCACCAAGGAAG